AUUUAGGCCGUAAGUGGAUUGGUGAGCUGGAUUGUCUUCCGCGUACAUGACUAUCAGCUACAUAGAUCGACUCCUAAGCUAUACCAUUCCUCGUGAUUAACCAAUACAUCUAAUAGGCUUGGCCGCCCCUCUGAUUAUUUGCAUGGAUUGCAGCAGGAGGGUGUGAACAGCACAUAUAUGCCGAUUCAUUGAUCGAUUCAUUGAUUGACGUAGCAUUCAGCCAGUUCGAUGAGCAUCUCAAGAUCGCAGAGAAUUACUCAUGUACGCCAUCGCUGUUCCCGCCGUUGGUCGUAUCAUGAAGGCCCAUGUUUAUCACAGGAGCUGUGUCCGCCGCAGUAAACCCUACAGCCACCUUAUAAGGGCUGCUUGUGGCGUUCUCCAUGAUCCUUGGAGCUUGGUGCCCUAGCAAUUUUAGAUCCGACAACAAAAAUCACCAAAUCCGUUGACUCAAUAUGUCUUUGAUACCUUUUCUCGAUGCUAGUGGAAAGCUAGGUUGGACGCAGGCGGCAUUGAGUGCAGCGGGCCUUACUUUUACAUGGUACAUCGUUAGCUCUGUUGUGGCCUGGUAUAAGCUGCGGCAUAUUCCAGGGCCGUUUUUGGCAUCCUUCAACAAUAUUUGGGGGUUCUGGGCUAUCUGCACGGGUCAAAGUAACCAGAUUAUCGCAGAUGCGCAGAAGAAGUAUGGACGUGUAAUGCGGGUCGCUCCAGACGCUAUCUCGACUUUUGAUCCAGAAACUUUGUUUCGAAUAAUCUCGCCUAGGUCUAACUACCUGAGGAGUCAGUGGUAUACAAACGCGCGGUUCGACCACCGAGGCGACAGCGUGUUCACCAUGACAAACACUCCCAGUCACAACAAGCGGAAGGCAAAACUGGCACCAGCGUUUUCCGGGAAGAACGUACCAUUUCUAGAGACUAAGCUCGAUAAAUGGCUGACAGCUCUUAUAAAGACUAUUCGUGACAGAAUAGCCAAGGGAGAAGAGACCAUAGAAAUCGGUCUACUAAUAGAACACUUUCAGCUGGAUCUAAUCUCAGAGCUAUCGAUGGGACAGCCAUGGGGCAAUUUACAAGCAAAUGAAGAUCAUUUCGGGUAUCUGGAGAUGAGAAAAACCGUUAUACCUUCGAUCCAGUCGUGGUUACACAUACCGCUGGCCCGAAAAAUCUUCAUGUCGUCAGUAUUUCUGAAGCUUUUCGCCCCCAGGACUACAGAUACUAAAGGGCUAGGCCUUUUCUUAGGGGUGCUCGAAGAUGCAGUGAAGCGGCGCUUUAGCGUAACACCAGAGAAAGCUCCGAGGGAACAAGACAUCCUAGAUAUAUGGAUUGAACACGGCCACUCCGCCCGCGAAUGUCAACUAGAUUUAGCAAUCUUGGUUCCAGCUGGUUCUGAUACUACUAUCAUGAUGAUACGUGGCACUUUAUUACUCUUGAUGUCCACGCCAGCGGUCUACUGGAAGCUCAAACAGGAAAUCAGGGACGCAAUUUCAGACGGUCGUAUCUCUAGUCCCGUCACUAACGAGGAAGCCAAGAGUCUCGAGUACACGCAAGCCGUGGUACGAGAGGGCUUCCGAAUCAUGAUGCCUGUAAACUAUGGAUUUCCGAAACAAGUACCUGAUUCUGGAGAUACCAUCUGCGGUAUACCAAUACCUGGCGGAACCGAUGUAUACGUGAAUUACGAGUCCUUGAUGCGCUGCGAGGAGGUCUUUGGUAAAGAUGCGGAUAUCUUCCGCCCAGAACGUUUCCUUGGCAGUGGGCCAGAUGUUGCAUACAAGGUGAAGGUUCUCGACCUCGCCUUUGGCGGCGGCUAUUUCACGUGCCUGGGAAAGACUUUGGCGGUUAUAGAGAUGAACAAGGUAUUUGUUGAGUUAUUUAGGAACUUUAACUUCCAAACCGCCAACCCAGAAAAGCCAUGGAGACGAGAAGUAUAUACAACCUGGUUGGUUCAUGAUUUCUGGACGAGGGUAACGGAAGACACGACAAUGGGGUGAUGUAUUAGGGCAACCACGGUCCCGGGAGGUGUUUUUUUUACCAUUCCUAUAU